AUGGGGUUGAGCGUCAGCCGACUGUGGAGCCGCUUGUUCGGCAAACGCGAGAUGCGCAUUCUCAUGGUCGGACUGGACGCCGCCGGAAAGACCACGAUUCUCUACAAACUGAAGUUGGGAGAAGUUGUCACAACGAUCCCCACAAUUGGCUUCAACGUAGAAACGGUGGAGUACAAGAACAUUUCCUUCACCGUGUGGGACGUUGGCGGGCAGGACAAGAUCCGCCCUCUGUGGCGUCACUACUUUUCCAACACUCACGGUCUCAUCUUCGUCAUCGACAGCAACGACAGAGAUCGUAUUGAAGAUGCCCGCGAAGAGUUGCACCGUAUGUUGAACGAAGACGAACUGCGAGACGCAGUGCUCCUGAUCUUCGCCAACAAGCAGGAUCUCCCCAACGCGAUGACUGCAGCGGAGGUCACAGACAAGCUUCAUCUGCACAGCAUCCGACACCGCAACUGGUUCAUUCAGUCCACCUGCGCGACCACUGGAGACGGUCUCUACGAGGGACUGGACUGGCUGUCGAGAACGCUCGCACAAAAGAACAUUGAUUAG